AUGGGCACUGCCUUUAUGAUUGGUGUUGGAGCUGUCAAGUUCUGGGAGAGGACAUGGUCUCUCAGGCACGCCAGCUUCAGCAUCAUCCGGGAAUCAGUGAAGACAGUGGCACUGGCCAAGUGCAAUUUUUUCCUCGAGUAUGAGACCCGUCCAUGUGGAUUCAAGGGGGAUACUACCCAAGAAGAAGAAUUCUUCAAACGGCAUGUUCAUGCCCUGUUCCAUGUUAGCAAGUCUGCCAUGGUUGAUUCUUCAGUUAAUGAUGAAGGUUCAAAUAUUAGAAGUAACCAUGGUGGUCUUGGUCUUGGUCGAGUCCUUGAAGGCUUGAAAAAACAAGACACCAAUAUCAAAGCUGGGUACAACAGGGUCGACGUUGUUAUCACUUAUGCCUUGUUCGGUGGUGCCUUGCUUCUGGAGAUGAUAUCGCUGUUGGGAGCCCUAUUCUCCACCUAG